AUGCCGUAUGCCAAUCAGCCUUCGGUUCAUGUUUCAGAUUUAACUGACGACAAUGUUAAAUUCCAGAUAGAAGAUACGGAAUUGAGCGUGGCAAAUAGUCUCCGGAGGGUUUUCAUUGCUGAAACGCCGACUUUAGCCAUUGAUUGGGUGCAACUGUCUGCCAAUUCAACAGUUUUAAGUGAUGAAUUCAUAGCUUCAAGAAUUGGACUUAUCCCCUUAACUUCUGAUACUGCAAUAGAAAAGUUGAUCUAUUCCAGGGAUUGCAAUUGCACUGACUUUUGCCCAUCAUGCAGCGUUGAAUUUACUUUAGACGUCAAAUGUAUCGAUGAUCAAACAAGACAUGUUACAACUGCAGAUUUAAAGACAGCUGAUCCUUGUGUUGUCCCUGCAACAUCAAAAAACAGAGAUGCUGAUGCGAAUGAAUACGGUGAAUCCGAUGAUAUUUUGAUUGUUAAGUUGAGAAAAGGACAAGAACUGAAAUUAAGGGCAUUUGCAAAGAAAGGUUUUGGAAAGGAACAUGCCAAGUGGAAUCCUACCGCUGGUGUUUGCUUUGAAUAUGAUCCUGAUAACUCAAUGAGACAUACGCUAUUUCCAAAACCUGACGAGUGGCCCAAGAGUGAAUACACUGAACUUGACGAGGAUCAAUAUGAAGCUCCAUUUAAUUGGGAGGCUAAGCCUAACAAAUUUUUCUUCAAUGUUGAAAGUUGUGGAUCCUUACGGCCUGAAAACAUAGUAUUAAAAGGUGUAGAAGUUCUUAAAUAUAAACUUUCUGAUUUAUUAAUUCAAUUGAGCCAUGAAUCAGCUGGCCAGGUUGAUCAUAUGCCUGUUUAG